UUGUGUUGUAUCCUUAGGGCCACGCUCAAUUAAGGUUAUGCUAUAUAUUUUAAUAAUGGAGUAAUACGUUAGUAUUAUGGAAAAAAUGUUGGUUGGGUUACUUCUGUAUUAACGGUAUAUUGAUUUCAAUGGAAUUCAAAUUUUUAUUAUACUAUAUUCGCGUGCCUUAAAUAAAACGUGUUUUCACAAUUUCAAAUUUUUUAUAUAAUUAAAUAAAUAACUUUAAAAUGAUGUCAAAUAUCCAAUCAGGUAAAUAUAAUACGUUAUUUAGCUUUCUGAAAAGUGGGCAAUCUAUUACGUCCUUAUAAAGAAAAUUUGGAAUAAAAAAUCGCGCGAUUUUUUAUUCCAAAUUUUCGCCUGCGGCGCUUUUCAGGGAGCUUUCAAAUUUUCUUUGAAAACAUUAUUAUAUAAAAUAAUAUAUAAUUUUUUUCAAAGAUGAUGAUAUUCCGUCCACGAGCGCUGCAGCAGUAAUGUGUCGUGAUGUUUCGCUGAUACAGCAGUGGAAUUUAGUAAAAAUGGCCAAGUACUUAGGCACACAUGAACUCUGUAUGUUAUUUGCCGAGACUCACGGACUGUUGCCGAAAACCCGAGUUUGUGCCAUUCACAAAACGCAAAUGGCAUUGUACAAACGCCACCCAGUAGGGUAUUUUAAAUUUUCUAGGGGCAAUUGUAGAACGAAGUCCCUUAUUUCAAGGGCAGCGGGCACGUGGUUUGAAGGCGUCAAAUUGAGCUUUCCCCACGUGUUUUAUCUGAUGUACUGUUUUGCCCACCGCUUUACGAGGGAAAAUAUUUAUAGGGAAGAUUACACGAGCGUUUUAAAGAAAUUGUCAUCUGCCACUAUCUCCGACUGGUAUAGCUACUGCAGGGAGGCAGUAGUUAUAUUUCAGUUAGACCACCAAGAAUUCAAAGGGAAGAUUGGUGGUCCAGGAAAGGUAGUGCAGAUUGACGAAAGUAAAUUCGGGAAACGCAAAUAUAACAAAGGAAGACGCGUAGAAGGGCAUUGGGUGCUAGGUAUGAUAGAGGAUGGCAGUGAGGACCUCAGACUGGAGGUAUGCCCAGACAAUAUACGUUCCGCUGAGGUCCUCAUCCCUCUUAUACGUAAACAUGUGCACGAGGGAACAAUCGUAAGGACAGACUUUUGGCGCGCAUAUGAAUGUCUCCCUAACUAUGGUUACUUCCACGAAAAAGUUAACCAUAGCGACCCUGACAAUCCUUUUAUCGCCGAGGAUGGCACCCACACCCAAAGGAUAGAGUCUCAUUGGCGUGUAGUAAAGAGAUUCUUUUAUAAAGACAAUUAUAAUAAUCCGGCAAAUUUUGCGGAUGUAAUUGUGGAAUUUUUAUGGAGGCAGGAAAUAAAAAAAGAAAAAAAAGACCCAUUUAUUUCAUUACUGGAUGUAAUUAAAUAUGUGUAUAACACAAAAUAAAAAAACUCUAUAAAAAUGAAAAGCCCAAUUUUAUUAUUUAUGGGGUCUUGUAUAAAUGGUUGGUUGGGUUAUCUUGGUACUUCAACUACUUGUAUGCAUUAUUACCGAUACAUAUACAAUUUUUAAUUUUCAGUGUUUUUAUUAUUUAAAUAAAGUGGAUUUCCACAUUAAUUCAUUGAAAUAAUAAAAAUAAUAAACAUAGAGUCACUCUAUGCGUAAAAAUACAUAAAUUUUAUACUAAUUAGUGAAAAUUGUAUGGGAAAACUACGAUUUUACACCAUUUUCAGGAGGCUGCCCUGGAGCCCCCCGGGGUCCUAGGGGGGGAAGGGUGGUAUUAUUCAAAAGUUCCAUUCAUUACCUUUCUAAUGAGGGGGGUAGCAAGCCCCCCGCCCCCUCCCCCUUUGCGCAAAACCUCUUCAAAAUGGUAUACUAAACUAAACAUUCCCCGAAAU